GCGCGUGCCAGUGCGUGAGCGUGCGCGCUCUUGCUGCCGCCGGUGUUGCUUCCGCCGUCCUCUGCCUCUGCCACCGCUGUGGAGGUCCGGGAUCCUCAGGCCGAGCAGUAGGACGGCCGGCUGCCCAGCAGCGCCGCGGUACGGAAGCGGAGCCGCGGAACCGGUGGACGGGCGGGCGUGCCGACGGAUUAACCUAACAUGGCUGACCAGAGGCAGCGCUCACUCUCUACUUCUGGGGAAUCAUUGUACCAUGUUCUUGGACUGGACAAGAAUGCAACCUCAGAUGACAUUAAAAAGUCCUAUCGGAAGCUGGCCCUGAAAUAUCACCCUGACAAGAACCCUGAUAACCCAGAGGCUGCAGAGAAGUUUAAGGAGAUUAACAACGCCCACGCCAUCCUGACAGAUGCCACGAAAAGAAACAUUUAUGACAAGUACGGCUCGUUGGGGCUCUAUGUGGCCGAGCAAUUUGGGGAGGAAAACGUCAACACCUACUUCGUGCUCUCCAGCUGGUGGGCCAAGGCUCUGUUCGUUGUCUGUGGCCUCCUCACCUGCUGCUACUGCUGCUGCUGUUUGUGCUGUUGCUUUAACUGCUGCUGUGGGAAAUGCAAGCCUAAGGCACCUGAGGGUGAGGAGACAGAAUUCUACGUAUCCCCUGAAGACUUGGAGGCACAGCUGCAGUCUGAUGAAAGGGAGGCUUCAGACACACCGAUCGUCAUACAGCCAGCAUCUGCCACAGAGACCACCCAGCUGACGGCUGACUCCCAUCCCAGCUACCACACCGACGGGUUCAACUAAAUUCAGGAGAGGCUGUGAUUAGAGGAUGAAUCAGCACCUGGCCACUGCAACCUUAGAAUCAUGAACUGUAGUCACUGAGAUGGGGAGGCAGCUGUCAACCUGACCAGCUUUGGCUGGUCAGGCCCCUCCCACCUCCUCUAAACCCACCCACCUGUCAAUUCUUGAUACAUGAAGUGCGUAGCAUGCAGUAUUUAAAGCAGUGUAGCUACGGUCUUCUUCUGUUUUAUCCUUUUUUAAUAGCAUGUAUGGGUUAUGUUCAGUGUCUGUGUUGUGGACGUGAUAGCUGGGCUGAAUUAACUGGAUGGUAGUGCUUUCUUGGGUUUUCAGCCAAGUGGGUCCAGUGAAGGUUCAGCUGUCUCCUUGUGCUUACAGGAGUCAGGUAGGCAUCUGGAGCUACAUCUCCAUGUUGGCCUCUGUGUCCUGUGACAUGGUCUAGUCCAUGGCUCUGAUCUCAUCCUCGAGGCUGCAGACAGGGUUCUGAUUUCACCUGCAAAGGAGGGAGCUGGGCCCCAUCCUCCAGGCACCACCAGCAUCAGUCGUUUGCACGGUGUUCGAGUUGGGAAGCUGUCAUAGGGUUUCUGCAUCAUCUCACUCGGCCUCGUGACAGUUUUCCUGUUAGAUCUGCUGUGGAGAGUGCAGGUAUGCCCCUUCUGAAAGUGGAAGCACACUCUGUGUAAUGUCUUUAUCUUGGGUCUUCUGGCCUUGUAGACUGAGAGCCUAUCAUUGGAGGCAUGUCUCUUGCUGGUGUGUGGGAAAUCAUUUGUCUCUGUUCUGCACCUUUCCAGGUCAAAGCUGGAUUGACGGGGCCACAGCCUCCUUCCCUCAUUCCCGGGUCAUCUUCCACAUUCCUUCAAGCCAGCCUUUUUAAUCUUUUUUGGACUUUUAAGAACCACAAAUGGUAGCACCUGCCACUUAGUCAUAGUCAGAAAGUCUUUGAGUCCAGUUGUGGGUGGCAUGUAGCUGCUUAUAAAGAGUUUGAGUGCCCAGGAUCCAGAACCUCUUCCCUGUGCUUGCCACAGCUCCAUCCACCCCACUUGCCUUCGCUUCCACCUGUCAUCAUCAAGGCCUCUGGCAGAGCUGGAGUGUUGGGUUCCUGGAGCAGGUGGCUGGACCCUGGUUCUCCUGGCUCAGAAGGGUUGGCUUCUAGGGAAGCUAUGGUGACAGUCACUCAACCUGGGAGGCCAGCUCCAGGCCACAGAAUUCCUUUGUGAACCUCUCUCCAGUCAGUAUUCCAGUCUUGGUCACAGGGUACCAUGGUAGGUGGAGUUGAAAAAUGUGGUUACCAGGAAUUUGGAGCCACCUGCCCUUUUACAGUUAGCUGAAUUAGCUGCUCCAGACAUCAGUGAGCCAGGUUCCUCCAGAACCUUCCUGUUGGUUGCUGCUGACUAUCUGCAUUUCCAGUACAGAUGAAGAAGAAGGCUCAUGUGGUGGCUCAGUGGCCCAGACAAACCACCAUGUGUUUCUGAAGCCCACCCCAUCCACCUCCUGGCCCCAGCUCACCAGGGCCUUCAGGGACCAGAACAGGUUGACAGGAAGUUACAAGAAGAGGCAGCAUUGUGAGGACAACCCUGGCAGUGAUUGAGGGUGCACAUCCAGGUUAUGGGAGACACUGAUGCCAGAGUUCCCCGCUGACCCUACAGCAGAAUUCUAUGAGCCAGAAGCUGGCUUCAGAGUCCUUCCAUGGAUUUGUUGGUUUUGUUCUUUAAAGGGUUUUUAGGGAUUUUCACUAACAUAAUCGGUUAAAUAAUUUGUAAAUGUCGUACCUAUGGCUAAAUAUAGUGGGACAUGCCUGUAAUCCCAGCACUAGGGAGGCUGAGGUAGGAGGACCUUGAAUUGUAGGCCAGUCUAGGAUUACACAGCUAGACCCUGACUCAAAUAAAACAAAGCAACCUAGUAGAAGAAUAAGAACUCCAUUGUUUGGCCCAUAUUUGGAACAAAGGAAGAAGAGAGGUCACUGGACAGCAGGUGCUGGGGUCUUGGUGCCCUUCUCCCACAGUGACCAGGAACCAGAGCUGUAGAUGAUGAGUAGAAAGUUACAAUCUGAUGCCAUAUCCCUCCUGCAUGUAGCUCUGUGGCCCUUUACCUCACAUCCUAGUAAGCCAGGUCCUGAACUGGGACUUGUGAUGCUGUUAGGUACAGGAGUUAAACCUAGUGUCUUUUGGAAUUUGUAAAGCUAAACAAAUCAUGUUGAACUUGAAAUCUUCAAUGUAGAACAGUUUCAAGGUGAUAAUAGUGAUUGCCAAGGCCAGUAAACUCCCUGACCUGUCCCUAUACAUACUACCUUGCAGGGUUUUACUGUGUUGAUCUAAGGUCUCCUUGAUUUAUUUGCCCUGAGCUAAGAACUGGUGAGCCCCAGGAUCAGCCUGACUAUUCCUGUCAAGUACUAUUAAAUAUAGACACACACACACACUCCCCUAACUCCUAUACUCGUAGGCAGUGUAGGUGGUGCUGUGGUGUAUUGCCAAGGGAGUGCUGGAGUCCAUGGAAGUUCAUCCAGUGCAGUGGCUACCCCUUCAGGACCUUAUAGAAAGUACUUGGGAAAGACCCCAGGGGCCCAUCUCAACAAGGCUGCUGGAGUAUAGAUUUCUGUUUGUGCUCAAUGAUGUGGUCUUUCCUUGUCUUCCUUUUUGACUGUAUUUUGAAAAAUUACUUUAGAUAAUUCUGUGCAAUGUUUAUGACCCUUCCUAGAUUUCUGAUGUUCAGUUAACACAGCCAGCACCCACUAGGGACCUGUUAGAAAAAGAAACCAGGCUGGGCAGUAAUGACAAAUGCCUUUAAUCCCAACACUUGGGAAGCAGAGGCAGGUGGAUCUCUGUGAGUCUAGUCUACAGAACUAGUUCCAGGGCAGCAGGGGCCACACACAGUGAAACCCUGUUUCAAAAAACCAAAAGAAGAAAGAAACCAGUGUUUACUGUUGUUAGCAGGAAACUUUCCCAAGAUGACUGCUGGAUUUGUUCCUGAAUUAUCAAGCCAGUCUCUUCUCAAAUGUUCAGAUGCCAGGGUUUGCUCACAUCAAUGCCCAUUGUCCUGCUCACUCAUGGCUUCUAUUACAGGUGAACCUGUGCAAAGGAGCUGCCAGUGGUACAGCUGGUGGUCUCCAGAGAUGGUGACUUAAUCAAGCUGUUCUUGGAGGGUGUAGGUUCUUGGAGAACUGGUGGGCCAUGACCAUCCUCCUUUGGCCCGCAGUGCACUUUUUAUUGAGGAACAGCUGUGAACAGUGUAAAACAUGACUGAUCUCUUUUUUUUUUUUCCAGUGUUUUGAGCUGUGAACUCAUGUGUCCCAGCACUGGCCUGUUUCUUUUGUUUUGAUUGAGUUACCCUUCUAUGGAAAUGGCAAAAGCUACAUCUUUACUGUCCUCACAAGCACGGUGUGUGUUGUCACAUACUGUGAGUGUGGGCUGUGGUGUGUGUCGGUGUGUGUACAUAUGUGUAUAUGUAUAUAUCACACAGCAGGCCUGUCAUGCUGCUGUUUGGUGGCAAAGCAACAAGUAUAAUAAAAGUCAGCUCCAAAACA